AUGGACGAGUCAGACUGGCAAGACCAUAAGCUCGAAAUUGCACGACUGUAUCUCGAAGAAGACCGAACAUUAAAGGAGGUUAUGCGGAUCAUGCUGGAGACUUAUGAAUUCUCUAGAACGGCAAGCCAGUAUAAUAGCCAGCUCGGCCGCUGGGGGUUCAAAAAGUAUCGAAUGGGACCGAGAAGACUCGCGGCGAUGAAACGCAGAAUGGAUGUCAGAGACGUUGGAAACUUUGAGCUGAGACCGAUUGCUGAAAAUCCCUUUACUGACCUGCGGGUACUAGCUCCCUCCCCAAGAACGCCAGAGGGCGUUGUGAUCUGUUCACCGGGGCCCUCGCCGCUGGCUCUCCAGUGGCCUGUCACCCUUCCUUGGUUUAGCUUCUUGAACAUAAUCCAGCUACCGGGCUCGAAAGGAGAAUCGAGCUUCUCAAUCUAUCAGCCUCCAGUUUCAUCAAAAUCGCGAGAAGUGGGCAAGCUGUUCCCUCAAGGCCAGAAAGAUAUGCUUUCCCUCCUAGGCUCAAUACUCUCUUGGAGAACUACGGGGAGGUUGAGCUCAAUUCAGAGUACCUCUAGGGUUGCUGCUGUAUUGAGUGUUAUCAUGCCUGAAGCAAGGGAAGGUCAACAUCUUGAGUUGGCUAGGAAGCUUUGCAAGCCUCAUGCUUUCCCAGUAGAAGAGCUUCUGCAGAUUCUCUUCUUCAUUUUAUCCAAUAAUUUCCUCCUUGAAGGAUCGAAUAUUGGAUCUGACCCUGAUCUUCAGAAACGAGACAAUUUUGUCAUGCAACUUUUUCGCGUCUCCGGAUUGAAUAUUGUUGGCGCAAUAAAAUCCCUACUUGCACGAUCGAACUCAACAGCUGAAGCCAUCGUUGAAAAGAUUUUUGGAUGCGCGGUGAAAUCUUAUGACACAACCGCCAUUCGGGUGAUUUUAGAAGCUGGUGUCAACCCAAAUCUGCGGAUCCCGAUCAACAAGUGGAGCAGCUGUACACCGUUAGCCAUUGUAGCAGCUGGAACUGGGGAUGACAAAGUCUCAGUGCGGAUAGCCAGCAUUCUUAUGGCUUACGGUGCAGACCUGUACCCGAAAAACACCACAGAUAUCCCGCUUGCUUUGGCUAUAAAUGGUCGGAAAUACGGACUGAUUGAAUUCCUGCUUGCCCAAAGUAAUGGUUUUCCAUCUCAGGUCAUGUCUAUUUCCCAUUUGACUUUUACACGAACCUUUGACUCUAGAAUGGUACAAAUCCUUCUUAGAGGUGGGGCAAACAUCGAGCAUCGGUCAUGGAGCGGCCCUGAUAACGACUCAACCUUGCUCGGUAUGUCCGUUAAAAGGGAAGACUUGGAGCUUCUAAAGUUGUUACUAUCUUGGGGUGCAAAUAUAGAGGCACACCAGGCGUACAGGGUCAAAUGGGCAUCUCAUGAGGAAAGCCAUGACGAAAUAACAACGCCCUUAGGCCUGGCAGCCUCAGCAGGCAAUAUGAAGCUGCUACGAGCCCUGCUAGCGGCCGGUGCUCAGGUCAACUUGGAGGCCUGGCCUUUGAUUCCUCCUCUGGUAUUGGCCGUUAAGAAUGGGCACCUUGAUGCCGUGGAGUUCUUGUUGUCUCAAGGUGCUGAUGUUUCGGCAGCCGACUGUUUCCGAGCUGUAGGCGAACGUGUGGACAGAGCCCUUGUUACACGCGCACUGAAAAUGAAAGACCCAAAACUCUGCCAGACUCUUCUGAGGGCAGGGUCCAGAACAGAACUCUAUGGCAUGUCAGAUCUAAUCUCUAUAUUCCUGAUUGACAGCAUCAGACAAAACAAUGUUGAACGCGUUUCUCGAUUGAUUCAAAUGGGAGCCCGAGUCGACUUGGAAACCGAUUCGCAUCAUCAUGAUGAUCCUCUUGUGUUAGCGAUAGUCAAGGGGAAUUGUGAGAUUAUCACAUUGCUCGUCAAAACUGGAGCUAGAUUGCUAAAUGUUAGUGUGUGCUCCCUUCCCAACACUGCCACAGUAACUCACUUGUCGCAAAUUGGCUUGUUGCCACAAUUGCUUUAUUUUAGCGGCAGACAACUCCUUAUUCCCGCAAUUCUCUCGGAUCAGCAAGAGCUAGUCGAUACGCUGUUGAGCCACGACGUUGAUCAAAGAGAGAUUCAAGGAGAAUCCUGUCAAAAAUGGGACUUUUUUGAGUCGCCGCUAGAAGCCGCAAUAUGCCAAGGAAAUUGGACAGUGACCGAAAUGUUGAUCAAUCGAGGGGCAGCAAUUUCCCAAUCCGAAGUCUCUGCUUUCGUGUGGAAGAUACUCGAAACCAAUGAAGCCCGCGAUCUUCACAUGUUCUGGGACAUCUUGCGUUAUUGGCGGCCAUCAGCACCUACUGCAAUUGGAAUGGCCUUGAAGCACGGCGAGAACGCCCUUGUUCAUCAACUGUUGGUUGCUGGGGUGGAUCCCAGAGGAGAGCCGCUCUCUUAUGAUGAUGAAGGAUUAGAGGAAUUCAUGGAGAAAAUUGAUGGAGACGUUUUUGCGCUGAACGGUCCGGAGCAUGGCAUGAUAGCUGGUUGGUGGAAUAUGAAAAGCCCACAUUUCGCCCGGUAUAACUCCGUUCUUGACCUAGCGACAACGACACUUGGGGAUCAAUCAACUUUGAAAGCUCUACUUGAAUACCCGUGGACAAGAGAAGCUAAGGGUUGCGCUUUGACGAUCAGUCUAAGAGAGAACAGGUCUGAUCUUGCGCAAAUUCUUCUAGCGUCUAAUGCUGACGUUAAUCAACCUGCAUGUGAUCGGAUCGAUGAAGAGCUCUAUUUUCCUUUAACUUUUGCUGUGCGGCAGAGAGACUUGUCGAUGACGCAGUUUCUCCUUGCUGCAGGUUGUGAUCCCAACCUCUAUGUAGAAGGCGGAACAGAAUCAAACACCGUUCUGGGAGAGGCGAUCAAGAUUGGCGAUGUGACUAUUGUGAAAGCUCUUUUAACGGGUGGCGCAUUAGUGAACACUCCAUGCGGCUCAACAAACGCUUUGAAUAUUUCUGUUGAAGAGGAUCGACCUGAUCUUGUCAGCCUUCUCCUGAAAGCUGGAGCCAAUACCAAUAGCCCACCAUACCCUCUACAUGGAAGAACGGCUUUACAACUCGCAGUGGAGAAUGGAAACAUCCAGCUUAUGGAGCUGCUUCUGCAGGAAGGUGCCGAUGUCAAUCAAGAGCCGGCUUUCCAUUCUGGGGCAACUGCGUUACAAUUAGCUGCUAUCAAAGGCUACAUUGGCAUUGUUCGCCGACUCAUCAAUAUUGGGGCUGACAUUAAUGCUCCCGGAGCUCGUAAAAAAGGUAGAACCGCUUUAGAAGGUGCAGCAGAGCAUGGGCAUUUGGAUACCGUGAAACUUCUUCUUGAAGAAGGAGCUUUGGCUCAGGACCCUGGGCGCAGGCAAUACUGGCGUGCCGUCCGGCUAGCAGAAAACAAUGCGAACUAUGCGACAGCAAAUCUUUUGAAGUCUAUGAUGGGCUGGACUGAUUUCGACGCAUUACAUGCAACUGACAGAGUUUUGCUCGAUCCCGAUAUAUGUCAAGAUGAAUUUGUGGCGGAAGUAACGAGCUGCUUUCAAUGA